CUUGACAUCAGCCCGCAAGCGGAGCAUGGUAACUUCUGCAAGCGGAGCACUCACAUCAGUGGCAUGCUUCAGGAAGAUAUGCAGCUCGCGCUGCCCUCUGCACCAGGAACAUGGAUUGUCACGUCGCCAUCCUCCUUCUCCUCGGAUCUGCUCUCAGCUGCUCGGGGGAUCUGAGCCUCCAUCCUACUAACGAAGUUAAUCUGCUGGAUUCAAAAGCAAUUCAAGGAGAGCUGGGUUGGAUCUCCUACCCGUCACAUGGGUGGGAAGAAAUAAGUGGUGUUGAUGAGAACUAUACUCCAAUCAGAACGUACCAGGUUUGCAACGUCAUGGACCACAGUCAGAACAAUUGGUUGAGGACAAACUGGAUACCCCGUAACUCAGCUCAGAAAAUCUAUGUGGAGCUCAAGUUUACCCUGAGGGACUGUAACAGCAUCCCACUAGUUCUGGGCACUUGCAAGGAGACUUUUAACCUGUAUUAUAUGGAGUCUGAUGAUGACCAUUCUGUCAAGUUUAGGGAACAUCAGUUUACAAAGAUUGAUACCAUUGCUGCCGAUGAGAGCUUCACUCAGAUGGAUCUUGGGGAUCGAAUUCUUAAACUCAACACAGAGGUUCGUGAAGUGGGACCUAUUAGCAGGAAAGGAUUUUACUUGGCUUUUCAAGAUGUGGGUGCAUGUGUUGCCUUAGUGUCAGUGCGAGUAUACUUCAAAAAGUGCCCUUUCACUGUAAAGAACCUGGCCAUGUUUCCAGACACAGUACCUAUGGAUUCCCAGUCGUUGGUGGAAGUGAGAGGUUCUUGUGUUAAUCAUUCCAAAGAGGAAGACCCACCCAAGAUGUACUGCAGUACAGAAGGAGAAUGGCUAGUUCCCAUUGGGAAGUGCUUGUGUAAUGCUGGCUAUGAAGAAAGGGGCUAUUCUUGCCAAGCUUGCCGACCUGGUUUUUACAAAGCCUUUGCUGGUAAUGUUAAAUGUGCCAAAUGCCCACCUCACAGUUCUACGAAUGUGGAGGGUUCUACAAACUGCAAGUGUGAAAAGAAUUACUUUCGAUCUGAGAGAGACCCUCCAUCCAUGGCUUGCACAAGACCGCCUUCUGCUCCCAGAAAUGUUAUAUCUAAUAUCAAUGAAACAUCAGUGAUCCUUGAUUGGAGCUGGCCUUUGGACACCGGGGGCAGGAAAGAUGUCACUUUCAACAUUGUAUGCAAGAAAUGUGGGGGAACAACCAAACUGUGUGAACCAUGUAGUAUUAAUGUAAGAUUCCUUCCACGUCAGAUUGGGCUCACCAAUACUACAGUUACUGUAGUGGACCUCCUGGCUCACACAAAUUACACGUUUGAGAUAGAUGCUGUUAAUGGAGUGUCGGAUUUGAGUACCUUCGCAAGACAGUUAGCUUCAGUUAGCAUUACAACUAAUCAAGCUGCUCCAUCCCCUAUUACAAUAAUUAGAAAAGACCGGACAUCUAGGAACAGUGUCUCUCUCUCUUGGCAAGAACCUGAACAUCCUAACGGGAUCAUCUUGGACUAUGAAGUCAAGUACUACGAAAAGCAGGAACAAGAGACAAGUUACACCAUUCUGAGGGCAAAAAGCACCAAUGUUACCAUCAGUGGCCUCAAGCCAGAUACCAUUUAUGUUUUCCAAAUCAGAGCCCGAACUGCUGCAGGAUAUGGGACCAACAGCCGCAAGUUUGAGUUUGAAACCAGCCCAGACUCUUUCUCAAUCUCCAGUGAGAACAGCCAGGUUGUAAUGAUCGCUGUUUCAGCUGCAGUAGCAAUUAUUCUGCUCACAAUUGUGGUUUACAUCUUGAUUGGGAGAUUCUGUGGACAUAAUAAAUCAAAACAUGGAAUUGAUGAGAAGAGACUAUAUUUUGGUAAUGGGCACUUAAAGCUCCCAGGGCUCAGAACAUAUGUGGAUCCACAUACAUAUGAAGAUCCCACUCAAGCUGUUCAUGAAUUUGCCAAGGAGCUAGAUUCUACUAGCAUAGCCAUCGACAAAGUUGUUGGGGCAGGAGAGUUUGGAGAAGUAUGCAGUGGCCGUCUAAAACUUCCAUCUAAAAAAGAAAUUUCAGUAGCAAUCAAAACUCUGAAGGUUGGUUACACGGAUAAGCAGAGAAGAGAUUUUCUUGGGGAGGCAAGCAUCAUGGGACAGUUUGAUCAUCCCAACAUCAUUCGAUUAGAAGGAGUUGUCACCAAAAGUAAACCUGUCAUGAUUGUUACUGAGUAUAUGGAAAAUGGCUCUUUGGAUAGCUUCCUGAGGAAACAUGAUGCUCAGUUCACAGUCAUCCAGCUAGUGGGAAUGCUUCGAGGAAUUGCAUCUGGCAUGAAGUACUUGUCAGAUAUGGGUUAUGUCCAUCGUGACCUGGCUGCCCGCAACAUCCUCAUCAAUAGUAACCUGGUAUGCAAGGUCUCAGAUUUUGGCCUCUCUCGUGUUCUGGAGGAUGAUCCAGAAGCUGCAUACACAACAAGAGGGGUUGGAACCAGUGAAGACUGGUGGCUCCGAUGUCAGUGGGGCAGUGAAUCCACUCCUGGUUUUAGUCCAACCUUUCAAGGAGCUGAAAGGCACAAGACUUCACUGAUUGAACCAAAGGGAGGCAAGAUUCCAAUCCGAUGGACAUCUCCAGAAGCCAUUGCUUACCGCAAAUUCACAUCAGCUAGUGAUGCAUGGAGCUAUGGGAUUGUUCUUUGGGAGGUGAUGUCCUACGGAGAGAGACCAUAUUGGGAGAUGUCCAAUCAGGAUGUAAUUAAAGCCGUGGAAGAAGGCUACCGCUUGCCACCACCCAUGGACUGCCCAGCUGCCUUGUAUCAGUUGAUGCUAGACUGUUGGCAAAAAGACAGAAACAACAGGCCGAAGUUUGAGCAGAUUGUCAGCAUCCUGGACAAGCUGAUCCGUAAUCCCAGCAGUCUAAAAAUAAUCACCAAUGCGGCUGCAAGGCCAUCAAAUCUUCUUCUGGACCAAAGCAGUGUUGAAAUCUCAGCCUUCCGCUCAACAGAUGACUGGCUCAGUGGCAUUCGGAUAGGACAAUGCAAAGACAUAUUCACAGGAGUAGAAUACAGCUCAUGCGAUACAAUAGCCAAGAUUUCCUCAGACGACAUAAAGAAGGUUGGUGUGACAAUUGUCGGGCCACAGAAAAAGCUCAUUAGCAGUAUUAAAUCUCUAGAAAUGCAUACAAAGAAUGGCCCCGUCCCGGUGUAAGCUACCAAAACGUUGGCGCUUGAGACACAAGAGGAAGCAAGAAGUUGCUGCGAAGGUCAUGGUGAUGAGUGAGAAACUGCAAGCCUGAAAAGGCACUCUUGUAGCAGUGUUGCAAACAUGACAUUUUGGGUCAAUUUCAAGCCCACUAAGAGACUCAUACAUUGAGUUAAAUUGCCUUAAAAUAGGAAUGAAAAACUUUUUUUCUAUUUCUACUUCUUGAAGAGGGGGUGCUUUUCUCCCUUGAAAUAGUGGACUGCUCAAACUUAUAAUGCAUUUGAAAGAAAAUGUUAAAAAAAAAAUCCUUCCAUGUAACUUAGAACCAUUUCAGUGUUAAUGGACUGGAUACCAUGAAAGGGAAACAAACUGUUGAUGUAAUGCUGUGUUUUGACCAAUUGUCAGCAGCAAGCAAGGGAAAAAAAUACCCUUGCAGUAUUUUUUAUACACAGAAAGGAUAGGUGACUAGUAUUUUAUUUCUUUAAAAUAAUUCUUGUAAGGCUCUUUGAGGAUAAUCCUCAGACUUGUCUGGCCAUAUUUUCAAUGAUAUUCCUGCAAUAUUCUGUUUCAACUGGGGAAGGAAAGCAUGAAUAAUGUUUGGUAUAAAAUGAGGCAAUAGUUCAUGAAUAAUAUUUGCAAUGGGGCUAGUUCUGAUGCAUGUGUUCUUUUAAAAAAAGGUCUUAAUUUUUCUUAUAAAAGGCAUAUUUAUUUCCCUGUAAAUGUUUUCUUAUUGUUUAUAUUUAUAAAUGUUUUGAAUAGGAUUAAUGAUUGCCAGGUGACAAAUCUUUUCAGACCUUGGCUGCAAUCCUAAUAUUUGGAAAACAUAAUAUUUGGAACCUCAUUUACAAGAAAAUAGGCCCCAAUCCAAAAAAUCUGCUGUGGGUGCAGAAAGAGUUCUCCAUGUACACAAAGUGGGAAAUGUCCAUGCACAACAUUCUGGAUAGUGCAAUCCAGGAAACCACACAAUCAUUUUUCUGGAAGGAGGACACCCAUGGUGAGCUGUUCAUAUAUUCUCAACAAUGUAAGACAACGUUGCAUAACUGUGCACUUAAAUGUUAGCAGUAUGCACAAAGUGUUGGAUUAUUCCAGUUGUGGUGUUUUGUUUUUUUUAAAAACAAACAAACAAACUAUAUGAUGUGUUACUUAUAAUACCCUGGGGUCCAAAUAGGAAAAGAUGAAAAUCCCUUUUCUUAGUUCUUAUAUUAAAGAAGUAAGCUAGCACUGUUUGCAUCCACUUAAGAGUAAAUGAGUAUGUUUAAGCACUCUUACAAAGACUUUCUUAUAAGAUUUUAUGUGAACAAUGUCUAUGGAUGAUCUCAAAAUCAACAUGUGUCCUGUUUGUAGUUUAUUUUUGCUUCAUUUGGCAUCAUUUGAACACACUUUACCACACCACACAGCAGCUUUUUAGAUUGAUUCAGAUGGAACUAUUCUAAGGAGAACCACAGACCACACAGAUAUUGUAAAGUCUUAAUACAGUGGCCUGGUUUUCACAUCAACCUGAGUCAAAACAUGACUUGGCGCAAGAACAUGAGUAUACAAAGUUCCUAGAGCAGAGAUUGCAUCUGCUGUACUUCUCCCCCAGUGCUAUUGUACUGCCAUGAGCUAGCAUGUCAUCCAAAUCCAGGCUCAUAGUUUGUCUCACUCCAGACAAGCAAUGAGCUGUAACUGAGGUUUGUUCCUGGGUUUACAGCUUAUGAUUUGUCUGGAGGAAACAAGCAAGCCCCGGUUUGGACAGCAUGCUAAGCCAAACCAUGGCUUAACUCAUAGCAGUGCAGCAGGUGGAGGACCAGGAGAGGAGUGCAAUGGCUGCUAUCUUAUCUCCAAGAACCCUUGUAUUUAUGUUAACCCAUAAAAGCAUAAAAUAGCACUGCAAGAUGCUGACACACUGACCAUACAUAGUAGAACUGGUGUACCUUCCUUGGGCACCUUCGAUGCCCCUCCAAUAUGAUACUGUGUUCUCUGAUGUGCUGCUGUCAUAGCAUAGCUGCUGUCAUAGCAGAAUCUGGAAGUAUUCUAUAUACUAUAAGUCCAUGUUCAAGUUCUGCAAGGAUUCGGAUCAGACUAAUAGUGUCAUAAGCACCUUCUUUCUGUUUAUAUUUGAUCUGCAGACAUAAAUGCAACAUUCAUGCUGGGAGAAAGUUUUUAAAAAUCUAUUGAUGUUCAUGAAACAAAUUGUCCUGUAGGCAAUUUUAGAAGGCUGUAAAAGAAAGAAAAUUGCUUAUUAGCAAGUUUUCUGAAUAAAUUGUAGUCUUACCUA